AUGUCCUCUCGAUUGUUUUCGGUUGGCGCCCGCGUGCUGGGUCACACUUCGCCGUUAACUCGCAGCUUCCAGACGACCACACGACGAUUCGAUGCCGUCUCGAAUGCGACGCUGCCCGCUCGCAAGCCCGUCGGUGCCUUCAGAGGAGGUCUCUUCGGUUUCCUCUUCGGCACCACCCUUGCCGGCUCUGGAGUGUACUACUACGUGCUCCAGGAGUACAAGGCCGCAAAUGACCUGCUGACAGAAGAUAUCUACAACCUGCAAGCCUCUGUGCAACGGUUGAGCAACUACUUGACGACUUUAGAGGACCGGAUAGAGGCUACGGAACGGAGGAGGAAAUAG